AGAAACCCACGGCAGCAGUAACCAUCAAUCAUCAAAGAUCUCACCAAUAAUCUCCACCCAAUAAAACCACCACCUUCCUCCAUAUGUGCAAGAACAAAAUGGCCGUCGACGCCGCCCAGCCCACCUCCUCACCUCGACCCACAACCUCCGAAUCCACCCGGAUCCAGACCCGACCCACCUUCACCUCCUCCUCCUCCCUCCCUCCCUCCGGCCCCUCCACUUCCACCUCAAACACAAGCUACAAGCUCUCCUCCACCGCCUCCACCUCCAGCCAAACAUCCCUCGGCAGCUUCCGCCUCUCCCUCCCGGAAAACCCAAACCUCUACGACUUCUCCGAAAUCCGCGCCGCCACCAACAACUUCCUCGCCAAGCGCCUCACCUCCUCCUCCUCCAGCCCCUCGUGGCGCUGCACCCUCCGCGGCAAAGACACCGUCGUCUUCCAACGCAAGUUCCGCCGCAAGCUCCCAACCCAAGAACUCAAGAACCGCCUCUCCAUGCUCUGCCGCAGCCACCACACCUCCAUCAUCAAGCUCCUUGGCGCCUCCGUCUCCGGCGACAACCUAUUCUUGGUUUACGAAUUCGUGCCUAACUCCGCCAGCCUCGCCGCUUGUUUGCGGAACAAGAACAACCCCGACUUCACCGUCCUGUCGACUUGGGUCUCCAGAAUGCAGGUCGCCGCCGACCUGGCACAGGGACUGGAUUACGUUCACAACAACACGGGGCUGAAUAUCACAAUCGUGCACAAUCGCAUCAAAAGCAGCAGCGUCUUGGUCACCGAGCCUAGUUGCAACGCCAGAAUCUGCCAUUUCGGGACGGCCCAGUUGUGCGGCGAGGCCGAUUUCCAUACCCAGAUGGAUUCGAAGCCCAAAUCUGCCGGUGAGAUCAUUGAGGUCAGUGAGGAAAUGGGAAUGGGUCGGAGCCCGAAGUCGAAACGGGGCCCCCAAUUCGAGGGACAGAGAGGGUACAUGUCGCCGGAGUUUCAGACCAGCGGCGUCGCCACCCAAAAGUCCGACGUGUACGCAUUCGGGUUGGUGAUUCUGGAGCUGUUGUCGGGUCAGGAGCCGUUGAAGUACAAGUUCGAUAAGACCCGCGGUGAUUUUAUCAGCACCACAGUAGUUGACUCCGCCCGAGCCGCCGUCGCCAGCGGCGGUUUGAGGACUUGGAUGGAUAGCAGGAUGAAGGACUCGUUUCCGGUGGAGGUUGCCGAGAAGCUGACACGUGUGGCGCUGGAGUGCGUACACGUGGACCCGGAUAAGCGACCCAGCAUGGGACGCGUGGCGGGGAAGAUCUCCAAGUUUUACUUGGAAUCCCGGACUUGGUCGGAGAAGUUUAGUGUUCCCACCGGAAUUUCAAUCUCGCUUGGUCCGAGAUGAUGACAGGAAUUUUGGUUGUUUUUCUAACUUUUGUAAUUAUUUAAAUACUAGGGUUCUAAAAUUUGAGAGCGACAUAAGUAGCUAUUGAACGUACUGACAGUGAUAUUGUGAUUUGAUAAUGAGAGGAGUUGGAAAUGUUGGACAUGGUUGAUAGUUGAGCAAGGCUGCUACCAAUAGAAUAUUAACAUGGAUUGGAUUGGAAUGAC